CGCACGCCCAGCUGUUUGAAACGCGUCCUAAACGCCCUGUUUAAACAGGAAGAAUCAACAUCGCGUUUGAACGCCGUUGCGUUGCGUCUUACCAUUGUGUUUCUGCAUCUCGCGUCACUGGCGUUGCGUCUUAAAACGCGUGAUAAGUUAGAAUAGCUUUUUGAGAGACCCGCGUUCUAUUCCGUCACGAGUUUUAUUUAACACUCUCCCAUGAUUAAGGACGUAGCGCGUUUGCAGUGCGGUCAGUUUUAUUGAUUUCAGCGGCAGCAUUGUAGUUUGGUUGGUUGCGUCGCGUGCAGAGGCGUGGGGAGGGUUUGGCUGGCCAAUGCGCUAAUAGACGCCAAUGUCUUGAAAAGCCGCUUCUGUGUGCAUGAUAGUAUGAAGACGCCGAGACUAUCAAACGCCUAGACAUUUCACACAGCCGAGGGUGCGAAAAUAUUCCUUAUAUCUGAUAAUAAAUGGACGCACCAGGAGCGGGAGCAUUCCCGAUCCACUUGUCACCGAGGGAGAGCAAUUGUUGGAAAUAAUGGGGAAUACAACACCCAAACCACUAAUAGAUGCCAGUCUACAGCAUCGCUCAGUGGCCAGUCGGCAGUACUGCACGGUGUCCACCAGUGGAGCGGAGCGCCGCACAUCUGCCCCUCCUGUCAGCAUCGAGUCUCCUCGCUUUCACCCUCACGCCAAGGGCAAGAACAUUCGGCUGGAUGCACAUCUGCGGCGGGCCACCCGCAAGAACAGCUUCUGCAAUGGCAUCACUUUCAGCCAGCGUCCUGUGCGCCUGUAUGAGAAGGUGCGAUUGCGCCUCUCAGGAGUCCACACAGGCUGGAGUGGGGCUCUCCGGUUUGGUUUCACCACCUUAGACCCCGGUGAGCUUUCCUUAACUGACAUACCCAAAUAUGCUUGCCCUGACCUGGUGACGAGGCCAGGAUACUGGGCCAAGGCUCUGCCCGAGAGGCUGGCCAUGCGGGACAAUGUUUUGGCCUUCUGGGCAGAUCGACAUGGCCGGGUCUUCUACAGUAUUAAUGACGGAGAGCCAAUUCUCUUCCACUGUGGCCUAAGUGUUGGCUGCCCUGUCUGGGCCAUCAUAGACAUCUACGGAAUUACACAGGAAGUGACAUUACUGGAGAGCACAUUUGCUGAGAGCGUUGGUGCGAGCUGUCUGAGUACCGCCCGACUCAGUGCCUAUCUGCCCCAGAGCAACCACGACUCUGCCAACUACAGCAACAACCAGCUAGAGACCAACCAGGCUGCCGCUGCAAAAUUUGCCACACUACAACUUAGCAACUACAACCAGUUGAUACCUUGCUGCUCCACCUCCUCUACCCCCUCCUCAUCUGUCCAGAGGCCUGCCCGCAGCCUUUCCUUGCCUCUCGACGUCGACCUACAUUUUCACCCUGUCCGAGGCCCUGAUGUGGUUCUCUCGAAUGAUCGCACAGUUGCUUGUACCCACUUUCUAGACAGCAGCAGGACUCUGAUGUUCAGUGACAGACCUGUCCGGGUGGGUGAGACUCUGUACUUGGAGGUGGGCCAUCUGGGCUUGCCGUACUUUGGGGCUUUACUAUUUGGCAUGACCUCUUGUGAUCCUGGUACUCUUAGUGCUGGGGAGUUGCCAGCAGACCCAGAGCUGCUUCUGGACCGUAAGGAGUACUGGGUGGUCUACAGAGGUUUUCCUGUGCCCACAGCAGGUGAUGUGCUCAGUUUCACCUUUCUGGCCAACGGGGAGGUACAUCAUGGGGUCAACGGAGUGGCGCGUGGUCGUCUCCUGUGUGUCGACUCCUCUCAGGUUCUAUGGGCCUUCUUCACGCUGCAUGGAGCCGUGAACAGACUCAGGAUAUUAGGAACGGUCCAGGCCAGCCCACCCACCUCUCCAUCAGUGUCUCAAGGAUCAUCGCCUGAUGACAGUGACUCUGAUCUGGCUUUCAGUGUCAACAGAUCAUCAUCAGCAUCUGAGUCCUCUCUCGUGACAGCUCCCAGCUCUCCGCUCAGUCCUCCAGUGUCCCCAUCUUUUUCCUCAUCAGAUGCUCCUCUAAGCAACAAAAGCAGUGAGUGCACCGUGUGCUUCGAUCAGGAGGUGGACACGGUCAUCUACACCUGUGGACAUAUGUGUUUGUGUAAUGACUGUGGACAGAGGCUGAAGAGGCAGAUCAAUGCGUGCUGUCCGAUCUGUCGGAGACCAAUCAAGGACGUCAUAAAAACCUACAGACCGUGAAGAGACUACAACAGCUUCUAUCAAAAGAUUCAAUGCAGAACUUUGUAGCUGUGGUAUCUCGGCUGAACUGUAUGUAGCUUUUUUUCGGUAGCAUUAAGUUCUUGUCGUAUUUCUCUCUCCUCAUAUUUUAAUCGCAGAUCAUCUGAAGCCAAAUGUAAUUGAUGAUUAAUGGGUUAGUUUAAUCAAAAGAGAAAAUUCUGUUAUUAAUUACUUGCCUAAUAUCGUUUCAAUCGCCUGAGAACUUGGUUAUCUUCUGAACACAUUAAAAUACCUUAGAUGAAAUCUGAGAGCUCUUUCAUCCUAUAUAGGUCCAGAAAAUGAACCAAAAACAAUGGCAAAACAUUCCAUGUGACUUUAGUAGUGUAACUGUAAUCAUAUGAAGCUCCAAAAACACUUUGCGUGAAAAAAAAAAAAAAAGUUCACCAGUGUUUUCUCUUCCACGCCAGGUCAGGGGCAUACUUACAUUGCCCAAGGCUUAAUUUGAGCUGGAACACGCCGUAUCCAGAACCUCUGAAAUCUGGUCCGGCAUCUGAUUUUACCAAUCCCUCUCCUCAACCGCCCUCCUCCCCGUCCCGCUGUUCAAUUUCAUUUAUAUCUGCGACAACCUCCCCGCUCUUCACUUUCUUUCUUCGUCGGUGACGGAAGUGACGUUUCACCAUCCAACACCCCUGCAACAUUUGUGCUGCCCAUUACAUUAUAUACCACAAAAGACGGCAAAUUCUUCAGCAGGAUAGCGCUCCUUCCCAUACUUCAGCCUCCACAUCAAAGUUCCUGAAAGCAAAGAGGGUCAAGGUGCUCCAAUAUUGGCCGGCCCACUCACCAGACAUGAACAUCAUUGAGCAUGUCUGAGGCAAGAUGGAGGAGGUAUUGAAGAUGAGCCCGAAGGAUCUAGAUGAACUCUGGGAGUCUUGCAAGAACACUUUCUUUAGCAUUCCAGAUGUUAUUAAUAAGUUAUUUUAGUCAAGAGAAGCAGAGAUGUAUGGAUGCAGUCCUUCAAGCUUAUAGGAGUUAUACGUAAAGUUUAUUCAUUAACAAAUUUCGAGAGGAUCACAUGUUUAUGAUUGUUCACAGCUGUUCCAACUUUAGCUCUUGGCUAAUUAUCCUAUCUGAGGAUCCGUAAUUCACUAUAAAUAACCAGACUUUUCUCAUCUCAAUAUCUUUCUCUUAAAGACCAGCCCCACCCAGCCACCCGCCCAACCCUAAUUUCCCUCCUUUCAAACAAGCAACAUAGUGGCCAGUGAUUAGCGCUGUUGCCACACAGCAAGAAUGCCCCUGGUUUAAUUCCCUUCCAAACCAGAUGACAUUUCUGUGCGGAGUUUAGCUCAUUCUCCCCAUGCUCGUGUGGGUUUUCCCCAGGUCCUCCGGUUUCCUCCAACAGUACAAAAACAAGCACCCUAAACAAUUAAUCCAAAAUAAUUUUGCCCAGCUCUGAGUACACCUUGUCAGCAUUUUUUCUUUUCUGGAAUUUGAACUUCUCUGGACCAUUGCUGUUUAUGGAAGGGUGAGAGAGAUCCAGGAUUUCAUCUAAAAUAUCUUAAUUUGUGUUCCAAAGAUGAACAAAGAUCUCAUGGGUUUGGGAAUAACAUGAGUGUGAGUAAUUAAAGGCAGAACUUUUUAUUUUUGGUGAACUAAUGCCUUAAUGGAUUAUGAGGUUAAUCUCAAUUUAGUGCCUUUGUUGUUGAUCCUAAAGCAGGACCUAUUGAAUUCGACAAUCAUAUCUGAGAUGUAUGGAAUAAUCCUGAGGGACCUCGAGGUAAAAUUGAGAGAAUGAUUUAUUUUGUGAAUAAUACACAGGGCUACAAAUGUGAUUUUAUAUGGUAUUCUAAAGAGAAGAAAUUAUUGUUUGAUAUUCUGAUUGCUGUGUUAAAGUGAAGAAGGGUUUGCUUUGUAAUAUUUGAUGGGUUUAGAGAUUUGUUGCACUUAUAACUAUAGAGGUAAACUCGACACUAAAACGCGUCUGUUGCUUUGACUGAAGUGAUUUCAGACGUGCACCAGGAGGACUGCGUUUUAAGUAAGAGCAAAAGUGAUUUGUUUGUAUAAUGGAGUGAUGUGGUAUUGUAUUGUAAUUAAUGUCAGAUUUUUCCCUCUGUCAUUUUAUCCUUAACUUUGACUUUUCGUCCAGCAAACUGUGUAAAAUAAAUCCAUAAACAACAAGUUUAUUCUUUAAAGUA